AUGAAAUCUGAUGAAGUUCAUUUACAAAAAGCAAAGAAGAAAGACCAUGACAGACACAGUGAGGAAGACCAAGAAAAGCAAGAUUCAACAAAGAAAAGAAAAACUGAAGAAAACUAUCCUGAUAAAAGAAAAUUAAUAAAAAAGCAGAAGAAAAGCAAGAAGGUUAAAGAGCAUACAGCACUGUUUGGUUCUAAUGAAAGUAUAAAGGAAUUAAAAGAGAAAAAUACAGAUAAAUUUUCUGACAGAAAAUGGUAUGAAUGUACCACACAUUUUGCAGCCUUGAAUGAAGGUAGCGACUUCAAAGAAAUCUCUGACAGUUUCAGCAGUAGUAAGAAAAAGAAGAAACAGAAAGAAGAAAGGGAGAUUUAUUUUGCUCAGGAGUCAGAAGAAAUGGCCAAGUCAGAACUCAAACAUAAAGAAAAGAAAAGGAAAUCAAAAAAGGAGAUAAGUGUGGAAGGUGACUUGAAAAUUGCUUGCAGUGAUGGGAGUGUAGAUAACAGACAGAAAAGGAGAAAGCAAAAAGGAGAAACAGAAAGCGAAUACUCGCUGGAUAUCAUAAGAAGGGAAAAGGAAGACGCUGAAAUCUUAGUUGGUGAUAAUGAUCAAGUCAGUGAAUUGACAGAUGUUGUUAAGAAGAAGAAGAAGAAGAAAAAGUUUGAUUAUGGUGAUAAUGUUGAUAACAGCAAGAAGACAAGAAAAAGAAAAGCAGAACCAGAAGAAGAAUACACCCUGGACGUUGACAAUAGAAAUAAAAAUGAAGUCAAUGGAGAGUCAGAAGCUGUCAAAAAGAAGAAGAAAAAGAAACCAAGAGAUGAUCCAGGAGGGAACUCCAAACCAGCUAUACAUCCAGGUCUUAGUUACUUACGUACAUGGAAUAAUGACAAACAAAAUUGGAACUUUAAGAAAGUGCGUCAAGUCUGGCUUCUUCAGAAUAUGUUUGACCAACAACAGGUCAGUAAAGCUAAAUGUAUCUGCUUUUCUUUUUCAUUAUGUUUCCCCUUAUGUUUUAACCAUUUUUUCCCUAAAAUAUGCCAAUUUUAUUAAAAAAGAUCCAAGAACAUGGUAGGUCCACUGAAGGAUAUAAAGACUAGCCUGACUGCACAGGGUGCAGGAGUUAUUUGUGGCCUUAAUUGCACUUAAAUUUUUCAGUUGGCUGCAACAAUCACCUUUGUUUGCUGUAGAAUCACCCUGUUACAUUUUUGUUGUGCAACACAUUUACGUACAGCUGCAAACCAAAAGGACUGAUGAGCCAAUAUCGGCUUAGAGUGUAUACUAAACACUUAAUGACUGGUUCCGAGGGAAAUAGUUAAUUUUGUUUCCUGAGAGUCUCAUUGUUUGACAACAUUGAGAAUUGAGGUAACAAAAUUAACUGUUUCCUGAAAAACCAGUCUGUAAGUGAUUUGUUACAUAGCUGGAAAUUCAGUAAAGACAUAAAAACCUUGCUGCAAGAAAUGGCGGUAGUCGGCGAACUUUCGCGGGCAACAGUGCACUGUUACCCUCUGACGUCAAAGAUUUUUGCAAUGUUGCCUGCUCAGAGAUUUUGUUAGAGAGUUAGAUGUCAUGUGACCUCAAAGUAACCAAUGAGAGCACGUGCUGUUGGGAAUAAAUUUCCAACCAUAUUACAAUAAAUUGUCUUUAUUUUUACUUGGCACUUUGUGUACGAAAAGCUUUGCUAUUUGAAUGCAUCAUCCUUCAGGCAACAUUCGCUCUCACUAAGCGAUGGAUAAUAUUUUGCCAGGUUUGUAACUGGAUCGCAUGACAGUUUGAUCGAUCAAGUUCAUAUUUGAUUCCACAGUAAACAAAGGCGAUUUAUCCCACAGCUUGCUAGUGGAAGAAAAAGGGAACAUCCUUUAUACUCUCUACACAGUUACUGUUUAAUGCCGGAAAUCAGUAGAGGAUGGCAGACAUUUUUUGGCCAAGAACUGACCUGGUAACAAGACUUCUCCUAGCCUGCGUAGCAAGCGUGAGUAAAAGAGCGGGAAGGGGGUGGGGAAGAAAGGAAGAAAACUUCCUCCCUUCCCCUCCCCUUCCCCCAUCUUUCAUUUUUUUGGUCUCGUUCCAUUUUUCGCGCGGCCAAAAGCGAAAAUCCCAUUCCUCGGUCUUUCUUUACUCCGAAACCAAACGGAAACGCUUGCUACGCGGGCUAGAUUUCUCCCAUACCCAAAUCCUGCCUAUACCCCUGAGAAAUCAUGCCACAGAAAGUUGUUCAUCGGGGAUGAAAAACUCGUCACGUCUAUCCUGUAGGUAAGCCCUACACGGCCGUCAACACCUCAAUUUUUUGAAUUUUUUUUAGAUCUCUGAUGAGGACUUCCGUAUUCUGCUCAAAUAUCUGGAAGGCUUAAAGGGAACAGCCAAAGACAAGACAAUUGAGAUGGCGGAGCAGAGAAUCGACUGUGGUACAGGUAAAGACAUGUAUUCUUUCUUUCUAAUAAAACUCGAGGUACACUUUGAACCUUAA